AGGUGCAUAUAAUGAUCUUGCUCCUAACACAAAUCUUUUGCCACACAGGAAGCCUGUGAGGAAGGCUGCCUUUCUGAAGGCUGGAUCCAGAGUUCACUGAAUUAAUUGGAAGUAAUCCCUGACAUUUUGGACAACUCUAGAUCAGACCAUAAACCAGCUGAGAAGUGCUUCAUGGAUUAUCAGUCCUUUCCAGAAGUUACACUCUUCUCCUUGGAAAUGUUAUCAUGGGUGGUCUUGAUGGAAAAGCACUGCAGACUCUAUUGGGGAAUGUUAAAGUGGCUUCAUAAAUCUGUGCACAAACUGAAGUGGCAGAAUGAGAGGGACAGUGCCUUGGAGGGCAGUAGAGACCAUGGAAAAGUCUACCAGAUAUCUUUGCUGACUUCCUGAGGAGGAUCCUGGAACACAUCACCUUUCUCCUGGUCAGAGCAGCAAGGCAGGAGAUCUGCAGUGAGCACACAGUUCCCCAGACUUCACAGUGGAGUUUCCAGAACUCAGCAUGUCCCGUCAGGAGCAGAAUAAUACCACAGAAACCAUGGCCAGCCGGAGUCCUGAAUGCUGAGAACUGUGAUUAACUCCUCAGGAAUCUCUCUGAAGCAAGUCAUAUUUUCUGGGCUUUUUAAGUGCCUACAUUUCCGAGUGAUCCCAUUUCUUGGCUGGGAAGAGGACCUGAAGAACACUUUGCCUUGAAAAGCACAACAGAAUCCCACAGCCACAGCAGGAGCUGUUUCAACUGAAACUAUGGAAAACCAUACUUCUUUCUUCAUCCUCUUUUUCCUCCUCCUUCUUUUCUCUCCCAUAGAGAUGGGCUGACAGAGCUGUUCAGCCUGGAGAAGAUAAGACUCUGGGGAGACCUGAGAGACCUUUCCAGUGCCUAAAGGGGCUCCAAGAGAGCUGGAGAAGGACUUGGGACAAGAGCCUGCAGGGACAGGACAAGGGGGAAUGGCUUCCCACUGCCAGAGGGCAGGGUUUGAUAGGAUACUGGGAAGGAAUUUUUCCCUGUGAGGGUGGGGAGGCCCUGGCACAGGUUGCCCAGAGAAGCUGUGACUGUCCCUGAAUCCCUGGAAGUGUCCAAGGCCAGGCUGGAUGGGACUUGGAGCAGCCUGGGAUAGUGGAAGCUGUCCCUGACCAUGGCAGGGAGUUGAAAUGAGAUGAGUUUUAAGGUCCUUUCCAACCCAAACAAUUUCAUGAUUCUCUGAACUGACACAUGCCCAUGGCUCCCUGGCUGCAGAGGAACAGGGGCAGAAAAGCAGGACCACAUUUUUGAGGCUGCUCCACUAAAUUAAAGGAAACCACAAACUGAACCUUCAGCCUCAGAAAAUCCAGCUGCAGUGCUCGGCUCUGCCUCUGGCUCAGCAGUAAGGCAGAGAUAACAAUAAAUCCCUUCUCCCACCUUCUGCAUGUCCUGAUUAGACAGACUGUAGCAGAUGGGGGCUGUCAUUAUUCCGUGCCUGUUCCGUGCCUGGCACAAAGCGGCUCCGAUCCCGGCUCCCGCCCGAGGUGGCUGCACCAACAAUAGCUCUGACAAGAAGCUGGUGCUGCUGCUGGGGAGGUCACAAGCUGCCCAACCUCUGCCACUCCAGGGGGGACCAGUGCAGCCUGUGGAGUUAGCACUGCUCCCUCACAGAUUGUGUGCCAGGAGGAUGGAUCCCAACUGAACAAGGAGGAAUUUCCAGGCUCCAUCCCUGCUACACUCAGGAAUGCUGCACAUCCAUGAAGGCAUGAAGCUGUGUCAGGGAGAUUUAGGCUGGAUAUGAAAGAAAGGUUCUUCCCCCAGGGGGUGCUGGGGCACUGAAGAGGCUCCCCAGAGAAUGGGCACGGCCCCAAGGCUGCCAGAGCUCCAGGAGCAUUUGGACAGUGCUCCCAGGCACAGGGUGGGAUUGUUGGGGUGUCCUGGGCAGGGCCAGGAGCUGGACUCUGAUCCUCAUGGGUCCCUUCCAAUCAGGACACAUCAUGAUUUUAUAGACCACCAGCAGUUACAUCAUCAGCUGUUUCAGGAACCCACAUGGAUAUUUCCUUGGUGUUAGUGUAACUAAUAAGUAAAAUGAAUUUGUUGAUGUUCAUUUGAUGGAACUACACUGUUGCUGACAGAGAGGACAUUGUGUGAGAGCAGCAUUCAGGGGCUGGCAGGGACCCCUUCCUCUGCUUCUCUCCAUCCAGCUGAGGCUCUCCUCUCACAGAGGGGUUGCUCCAACCAGAUUCUGUGCCUGUGCAGCACCCCAGGAUGGACCCCAGGGUGUUCCUGCCUCGUCUCUCCCUGCCACAAAGAUGCCACAUGACCAGUACCUUUCUCCACAUGCAGUGAAGAGCACGUGAGGGUUCCAGCACCUCUCUCAACUCUGCCAAGAUGCCGGUCAGGAAGCACAGUGAGCACAUGAAGUUGUUCAAGAACAAGGGCAAGGAUGAAACUACCCUGCGGAGGCAGAGAGUGGAGGUGAACGUUGAGUUGAGAAAAGCCAAGAAGGAUGAGCAGAUCCUGAAGCGCAGAAACAUUUCCAUUAAUUUGAAGGAGGAGAAUCCCUCUCUGGGACAAGACAAAUCAGCUGAGGUGAUCAUUCAGCUGUCCUUGGAGGAGAUUGUGGAAGCCGUGAAUGGGGAAGACACCCAGCUGCAGCUGCUCGCCACCCAGGCCACCAGGAGACUUCUGUCCAGGCACAAGGACCCCCCCAUCAAUCAGAUCAUCGAGCUGGGGAUCAUCCCCAAGAUGGUGGAAUUCCUGGGCCGUGCUGACAAUGCUGCCCUACAGUUUGAGGCAGCCUGGGCACUGACCAACAUUGCCUCUGGCACCUCGGAGCACACCAGGGCUGUGGUGGAGGGAGGGGCCAUCCCGGCCUUCAUCUCCCUGCUGUCCUCCCCACACAUGCACAUCAGCGAGCAGUCGGUGUGGGCCCUGGGCAACAUCGCAGGGGAUGGCCCUAUCUACAGGGAUGCUCUUAUUGCUCGUGAUGUGAUUCCUCCUUUGCUGGCUCUGGUGUCACCUGCAACUCCAAUUGGGUUCCUGAGGAACAUCACCUGGACGCUGUCAAACCUGUGCAGGAACAAGAACCCCUGCCCUCCCUUGGAUGCUGUGCAGAAGAUUCUGCCAGUCCUUGUCAUCCUCCUGCAGCACGAGGACAAGGAUGUCAUCUCUGACUCCUGCUGGGCUAUUUCCUACCUGACAGAUGGCUGCAAUGAUCGCAUCCAAAUUGUGGUGGAGACAGGGAUUCUCCCAAGGCUCGUGGAACUCAUGGACAGCCCAGAUUUGAUUGUUAUGACUCCAGCUCUCCGUGCCAUCGGGAAUGUGGUCACAGGCACAGACCGGCAGACCCAAGAAGCCAUCGAUGCCGGCGCCCUGGUUGUCCUGCCCCGGCUGCUGAGGCACACCAAGUCAGUGAUCCAGAAGGAAGCAGCAUGGACACUCAGCAACAUUGCAGCAGGGCCUUCCCACCAGAUCCAACAGAUCAUCACCUGUGGGUUAUUGCCACCUUUGGUGGAGCUGCUUGACAAGGGAGAUUUCAAGGCUCAGAAGGAGGCUGUGUGGGUAGUGGCCAACUUCAUGACUGGAGCAACAGUGGAUCAGGUGGUGGAGCUUGUCCGUUCCGGGGUCCUCAAACCUCUGCUCAACCUGCUUUUGGUCAAAGACAGCAAAACCAUCCUGAUCAUCCUGGACACCAUUUCAAAUCUCUUCCUGGCAGCUGAGAAGUUGGGAGAGACAGAGAAGUUGUGUCUGCUGGUGGAAGAACUUGAUGGUCUGGAGAAAAUUGAGGACUUGCAAAACCAUGAGAAUGACAUGGUCUACAGAGCUGCCUUGGACAUCAUAGAGAAAUACUUUUCUGGUGAGGAGAAUAUAAACCUGGAGCCCCAGACUGGCCAAGAUGGGCUGUAUGAUUUCUCAGUGAAGAAACAAGACUUCAACUUCUGAAGAUGAAGCAUGACACAGCUGUAAACUGGUGGGUGGAGGUACCUUGGAAGAUCUCAGACAUCCAAACCAUGAGGAGCAGAGAUGCUGAGCCUUUUUACUUCUGAAACUUGUCAAUA